AUGGCUUCAAAAGCAUGCAAUCGACCACGUCCAUGGAGUUUUGACGUAAACCCUUCGCCUGAAACAAUAUUUCAUUUUCCAUCAAGUCCCAGUGAACCAGGAAAAUUCGAUUUUUAUCGAGUAUAUCUCGCUAAUCAUGCGUAUUUUACGGAUCAGGCAUCAUCUGAUAAUUUGAAUGAACCUACUCUUCCACUAUCAACAUCAUCAUCAUCAAUCGAAAAAAGACGAUGGUCACCAUUUGCUGGUUUCAUGCCAUCUGAUGAAUCAAAAUCUUCAACAAUGACGACUUCACAAUCAUCAAAUUCAAUAUCUACAACUAAAUCGGAAGCAAUAUCUUCAAUGAAUUCUAGUGUUUCAACAAACACUAAUAGUGCACAAAUAGAACUAACUCAUUCUGCUCAAUCAUUUCCAUCAUUGGCUGAUCUUGUUAAGAAUGCUAUGAACAAAGGUCAUCUAGGUGCAAAAUUAAAUCAAACUCGACGUUCAUUUACUGGAACAACAUUAUCGUCAAAAGAUCUCAAUCAUUUAUCUCCUCAAUCAAUGUAA